GUCGCCGACUACGAAUGUAGGUACAAGCUUCCUCUGUCGGAGUCGCAUUCCUUGGUCUUUAAGUCUUUGACGACACGAAUGUAAGUAGAAGCUUCCUCUGCAUCUGAAAACCGGUGCCUUUAGUCACAGCUGCGAAGAUAUAACUGACCAUCUCCAGAUCUGUUUGCGUGCCCAGCAAACCCAGGAAAAGGAAAGAGAUUUUUUAUUUUGAAUCUUUAUGGUUGAGGGUGUCUUGUUUUUUGGAGAGCUAAAACCCCAUUUCUGCUGAGUCGAAUUCUCGAUAUGGAAAUUAUUGGACAAGCCGUUCUGGGAGAAGUCACUGGAGAAUUGAUAAAACCCAUUUUCGAUGGAGUAAAGAAGGCAGCUUCGUUCGAUGAGAUCUUAAAACAAGUCAGAUCCAUUCUAAAACUCAUAGGGCCGACCGUCCAUCAGAUCAAACAAUUGAGCGGAGAGAGAGAUCGUCCAAAGGGGGAGAGCGAGAAGCAGCUAAUACAGCUGUAUGAAGAAGGCGAGAAGCUUAUUCAAAAAUACUAUAGGGCCCAUUGGCUGAUCAAUAAAUGGAAAUACGAAGGUAAGGUUAAUGCCUUUUACAAGUCGCUUCUUCUCUUCUUCCAGUUUGGUAUGCCGCUGGAACAAUUGAAGACCAACAUGGAGAGUUUGGCCCUUCGUCAAUCUCAAUUGAAAUCUAGAGCUGGUGAGGUGUCUGGUCAAAUUGGAUUUUUGGGUUCGGGAGGUUGCUAUGCCCGUAAACCCCCUGAUUUUACGGUGGGACUGGAUGUGCCCCUGAGAGAAGUGAAAGAGCUGCUGUUUAAAGAAUCUGUGGUUGUGGUGUCGGCUCCUGGAGGAUGUGGGAAGACCACGCUUGUUCAAAAACUCUGCCAAGACCCGGAUGUUAAAGGAAAAUUUAAGGACAACAUCUUCUUUGUCACGGUAUCUAAGGUGCCCAACAUCAAACUCAUGGUACGGAAACUAUUUGAACAUAAUCAUAGCCGGGUGCCAGAGUUUCAAACUGAUCAAGAUGCGAUCAUCCAGUUGGAACAACUGCUGAAAAAACAAGCAGAAAAAGCUCCUGUACUGUUGGUCCUCGAUGAUGUUUGGGGUGGCCCUGAUAUUAGGGUUGAACCUGAAUUCCCUCUUCAGAAGUUUGAGUUUAAAAUACCGGAAUGCAGGAUUCUGGUUACAUCAAGAUACAAAUUUCCAGGCUUUGGCUCUGCCUACAAACUGGACUUGUUGCAUGGUGAAGAAGCCAUGAAACUUUUUCGGCACUCAGCAUUCCCCACAGAUGGGGAUUUCACGCUGGAUGAAGAUUUUGAUGAAGAUCUUGUGAAGGAGAUUGUGAAAAGAUGCGGUGGAUUCCCUCUGGUCCUCCAAGUUGUAGCCCGAUCACUCUGUGGGCUACCUGUAGAGAUCUGGAAAAGCAGACUGCUGGAAUGGUCGGAAGGUCAAUCCAUUUUGGAAUCUGGGGAAGGUCUUCUUGAUUGCCUCCAAAGUAGCUUAGCUUCCUUGAAUGAUAAGCUGAAGGAGUGCUUUAUGGACCUGGGCUCGUUUCCUGAGGAUAAAAAAAUACCUGUCACGGCUCUUAUAGAUAUGUGGGCAGAAUUGUACAAACUCGAUAAAAAUGGCGUGCAUGCUAUUUCCAGACUUAUUAAACUCUCCUUACAGAAUCUGCUUAAUCUGGUAGUCACAAGGAAAGGCGCAGCAGAGGUUGAAGGCUGCUAUGACGACGCCUUUGUCUUGCAACAUGAUCUUCUGAGAGAACUGGCCAUUCGUCAGAGCAGCCAGGAGCCCAUGGAAGAGAGGAAAAGACUAAUCUUGGACUUGAGUGGAAACAGGCUCCCUGAUUGGUGGACAGAAGAAAAACAACCCUGCAUCAAGGCUCGCCUUCUGUCUAUCUCCACAGACGAAAUGUUCUCCUCAAGCUGGUGCGACAUGCAAGUGCCUGAAGUGGAGGUCCUGAUACUCAACUUUCAGACAAGGGAAAACCACUACACACUACCAGAGUUCAUGAAGCGAAUGGAUAAGUUGAGGGUCUUGGUAUUAACAAAUUAUGGUUUCUCCAUUCCUGAGCUGACUAAUUUUUCAGUCCUCGGUUCUUUAUCCAGUCUAAAGAGAAUCAGGUUAGAGCGGGUUUCAAUCCCAACCCUCUGCAACACCAUGGUAGAGUUAAAGAAUUUGGAGAAAAUAACCUUGGUUAUGUGUAAGAUCAAUCAGGCUUUUAACAGUAGUGCCAUCCAGAUGCCUGUUAUGUUGCCUAAUCUUAAGGAAAUAAAUAUUGAUUCCUGCAAUGACUUGGUGGGGUUACCUGAGUGGCUCUGUGAUUUAGUACAGCUAAGGAAGCUCAGCAUCUCCAACUGCCAUAAGCCAUCUACACUGCCAGAAGGGAUGGGGAGGCUGGGAAAUCUGGAGGUGCUGAGGCUUCAUGCCUGCACAAAACUAGUGGGAUUGCCAGACUCAAUUGCAAGCCUCCACAACUUGACUUUUCUUGAUAUAAGUGGUUGUUUUCGAAUGAGGGAACUGCCAAAACAAAUGGGUGAGUUGUGCAGAUUGAGAAAGCUCUACAUGAGAAGGUGCUCAAGACUGAGAGACUUGCCACCAUCAAUCAUGCGUAUCAAGCAGUUGAAAGUAAUCUGUGACACAGAAAAGGCCCAUCUGUGGGAAGAUCACAAUUUCACCAAUUUGAUGAUUGACGAGACAACUGACUUAGAUUGGCUUGUUUGAAAUUCUGGUUCCUGAGCAAACUUCUCUUCACAGGAAUGCUGAAAUGCCUCUGAUUUUGCCAAUUUGUUUUCCGGUUAAAAAAGCCAUGUGCCCUUCAAGACAGUGAAGCAGUUUUUUAUUUAUUUUCUUUUUCUGGUACAAAGUGGUAUGGACAAAUAAGGGAAGCAAUGUUGUACAUCAGGUCUCUUUGAGUGCACAUUUGUGUAACUACUUUGUAGAAACCAAAAGAGAUUCUGUUCGAUCUUUUUGAGCAUUUAAUGGUUCAAGUCCAUUGGGAAUAUUUUCAAAAA